AUGCAUUUCACAUCGACGCUUCAAUUCUUAUCUGCGCUUCUGGCUGGCCAGAUCGCAGCUUCAGCCCACAUUCCCCACCACGGACGAGCACAGAUUGUCCGGACUGAAGUUCGAACAAUCUACUCCACAAAAGUCGUCUACGCCACCCCGGCGGCGGCGGUAAGCAUCAAUCCGAAGGACGGUCUGCCACUUGCACCUUCAAUUAGCAAACUUUCGAUCCCCUUGAGUAGUCUCCAGGCACUCAAUCCGGCAAAUGGACCUGCAGGCCCAAGUGUCCGGAAGCCUACGACCAGAAAGCCUGCGCCGACACCGAAGCCAGCUCCAAAGCCAGCGGGAAACUCCUUGAAUCUCAUGAACGGCCUCCCAACGCCCGUCGCCAAUAAGCCAACCCCAGCACCAGCACCUACCCCAAAACCAGGCCCCGCGGCAUCUUCCGCAGCGGCAGGCAUCGCAGCAAUCAUCAGACAGCAACAAGCAAAAGCUUCUUCCGUCAAAGCUGCAGCUGCCCACAUCGCAAGUCUCCUCGCGCAUCUUCCCAAAACCCCUCGACCUUCACCUACUAAGCCCGGCAUCGUCAUUGUCCCUKUGACUUUGAAGACGACUACCAAGCCGAAACCCGCGGCUACCACCGAGCCAGCAUUGCUGACGGACAGUAGACCUACGCCUGCCCCAAACGUUCCUGGAGCUAAAGCUAAGAGUUUGCUGGCUGUUUUGAGCGCUGCUCAGAACUAG